GGGGCGCGGAGCAGGUUUUGCCUCCGGGCGCCGUUCUCCCCUCCUGACGGGGGAGGGAGGUUAUUUAACCAAAUCAAAUUAUGGAAACUAAACCACUGGAGGCAACCAAGGGAGGUUUUGAAAGCCAGCGAAUGGAAAAGAGCAGUUUGCGCCUCGUCCACAUUUUCGAGAGACAUAAACACCAGCCUCCAUAAACUACCGCUGACCUUUGGGCUCUCCUGGGACAAACUUCAGGCGCACGUGCCUUUAGACCAAGGCAGCCACCACCAGGGAAAAACCUCGCGCAUGCGCACUAUGUACUGGAUCUGGGGAGAAACCGUGGAAGGAAACGCGGGAGAUCGUAACGCCCGAGAAAAGAUCCGGACUCUGCCAGACUUUGUUUCGGCGCCUCGCCAGGGAUGAGGUUGGUCGAGUAAGAGAUAAAAGCGAAAAAGUAGAAGCACAAAAUGGCUGCGCGUCUCGGGCAAAAUAUUUUUUGUGCAAGAAACUGACAUGGUUGUUGUGGGAAAUAGACCCUGGGCGCCUCGGAGAUGCUGCUUGAGCAACAGUUGGGAGGCUGGUCGGCCACGUCUGGACUUCAUGAAGGUCGACCCUUUCGUGUCUUGCGAUGCUUUCUUGCACCCCCAUCAGGCGCCGUCUUGCAAGAGUUUAUUCUGAGAAUUAUUUACAGGCCAUGACCACCAGUUUUAAAACUAUGUACAAGAUGAUUUCACGUAGGUUAGGAGCCCUUUUAAAUUCUUCGUUUUCUGGCAGCUUAAAGAGUACACGUAUUUACAUGUCUGCUUGAGCUACCAGCCUAAAUGUGAAACUUGGGGUUCUCCUGGAAUUACAGCUGACUUCCAGUCUACAGAAAUAAACAUAUCCUGAACAAAGUGGCAGCUUCACAGGGCAAGCUGCAUAGGAGGCCAGGUUCACUACACUUGCCAGAAAUCUACCAUGUCUUUUGACAACAUCCUCCUCCCCAUUAUUUCAAACUUCCAAGAGCGAGUGUCAACAAAAUGGCACAGGGAGAUGUGAAAUAGCAUGCCUAUUGAAAUACCAGCAUGUAGGAAAGACUGUCAGCAUGGUUUCAUGUGACAUGAUGCACACUUCUUCCAUGAGUUACAAUAUAAAAAACAAACAUCAAUGUAGAAAAUCUUUCCCAGUAUUAGAUGGAAACAUCCCUUCCCUGUAUAGGCAUGUGUUGGAUGGAAAUUCAAUCAACAGUGAAAUCUGCAUUCAGAGGACUUGGAAAAAUAUGUGGAAUUUGGUGUGUCUUCAUAGCAAAUGAUGCAACUGUGAAAGGUGGAACAAUUUAUCCUGUAUCUGUGAAGAAACAGCUAAGAGCUCAAGAAAUAGCAAUUCAAAGUAGACUUCCAUCUGUUUAUCUAGUAGAUAGUGGAGGUGCAUUCUUGCCACUUCAGGCAGAGCUGUUCCCCGAUCAGUUCCAUGGUGGUAGAAUUUUCUACAAUGAAGCUGUGAUGUCCGCAAUGAGACUCACUCAGGUGGCAGUUGUAUGUGGCUCUUGCACAGCAGGAGGUGCUUAUGUCCCUACCAUGGCACAGGAAACAGUAAUUGUAGAUAAGAUUGGUACAAUGUUCCUUGCUGGGCCCCCAUUAGUGAAGGCCGCCACAGGAGAAGACAUUCUUCCUGAGGAAUUGGGAGGAGCUAAACUGCACUCUGAAGUCAGUGGCUGUGUUGACCACUUUGCAUCUUCAGAAAAAGAAGCAUAUGAAUGCGUUCGAAAUAUCUUUGCAACGCUUAAUUAUGAAAUUCCCACAGAAGAUACUCUAGACUAUGACAGCCCUUUGUACAGUCCUGAUGAACUACUAGGGCUUGCACCAAAAGAUUAUAGACACACUCUUCAUAUAAAAUUGAUUCUGAGUCGCAUAAUUGAUGGCAGCAGGUUCCAGGAAUUCAGAGCUAAUUAUGGAACAACCUUAGUGACUGGAUUUGCUUACAUAGAAGGACAGCUGAUUGGAGUAGUGGCUAACAAUGGUGAGCUGACUCAUGAUGCUUCUGUAAAAGGCUGUCACUUCGUACAACUUUGUAAUCAGCGGAAUAUUCCCAUCCUGUUCAUCCUGAAUACAGCUCCACAGCCAGCAGACCCAGUCAGUUUUGCACAGGCUGAGAAUCAUUCAAAUAAGUUAAAGGCACAAGCCUCCAUGAUGGCUACGGUUGCUUGUGCCACUGUCCCCAAAAUUACUCUUGUGAUUGGUGGCUGCUAUGGAAAUGAAAGUUAUGCUAUGUGUGGGAGAUCAUUUGAUCCAAACUUCCUAUUUCUUUGGCCUAACGCAAGAAUUGCUCUUGUGGAUUCAAGACAUUCUCCCACAUACUCACAGAUUUGUGAUGACAAUUGCACAGGAGCAGGAACACAGUUAAAACAACUGAAGGAAAAACUAGAAGAAGAAAGCACUGCAUUUUACUCUUCUGCCCGGGUGUGGGAUGAUGGUGUGAUUCUACCCCAGAAUUCUAGGAAGAUUAUUGCACAGUGUUUAAGAAUUAUGAAACAGCAGAAAUACCUGAUCCUGUCUCCACAACAAUAUGCUCUACCUGUCAUAAGGAUGUAAGAUGCUUGUGAAUAAUUUAAUAUGAUACCGCUACCACAUUCCCUGAAAUCCAGCUUAUGCAGUGUAUUAUACAGAUUCUAUUUCAUGGUUCUUUAAUUUGCAUAAUCCAGUUUUAUUGCAUUAUUCAUGGUAUACACUGUACUUCAUAACUGCAAAACUGUAGGAAGAGUGCAGUCUGUAUACAUUUGAGUUUCAACGAAGUGGACUGAUGAAGGUGGACAACAAAUAAGAUAGUUACAUCUUUAUGAUUAAUCAUUUUCCCAGUUUUUGUGCUAGAAUGACUUUUAAAUGUACUUGUCAGUAUGAAGUGCUAAUAUCCUUAAAACACUAUUAAUGAGAUACAGUGCUGACAGUUUUCAGACAUAUUUACAUUACAGUAUGCAAGGCUCUCAAAAGCAUGUUUAAAUUCUGUGGAUUUGCCCUUUUUUGAAGCAUUAACUGUAUCUGACUUCUAACACUUCAAAAAAAAAAAAGAGCACAUUCUUAGUCUUACCAGACAAAUUUUACAAGUCAUUGCCCAAUACUGGGAAGAGUGCUAUUUUUGAAUUCAGUUUAGAGCUGCAUCCAUUAUUCUAAAAGACAGGUUGCAGUGAUGGUGUACUUAAGACUGGUAUCAUGCUCUUUUGAACAUUCCAUGAAAAGUAACUGGAAUGUUUAUGUCCACUUCGGCCCUGGCAACUUCGCUCAUGUCCUUUGCGCUCAAGAUCAAAAGGUAGGCUGGCUUUGGUCCACUGCCAGGGCUAAUGACAAUGCUCAAGACAAUACCUGAAUCAAAAAUAAAUAUGAUUUAUCCAGAUGAAGAACUUGAACCAAUCACCACUAAAACAGCUGCAAAUACUGUUAAUUGAUCAAGACCAUGACAGGUCCCUCAGUGAAGAUCUGGUGGGCACAAACUACAUUUCCCUUUGGAAUAUGUCUGACGUUCAGAGAUCCCACCUGACCCUCCAGGAUAGAAGAGUGUAAUAGACUUGAAUAAAGACAUUACCAUCAUCUUCUUCCAUGGCAUCUGGCUGAGAAACAAAGAUUGGUUCAGAAGGAUAUGCAUCUGUUUCUUGCCACAUCCAUGUCUCUUUUGUUUUAAUAUUCAUCUUACAAAGCUGGAAAAAAUAAAGGAAAAUUAUUACUGAAUCUUAUUUAGAAGUUGACAAAGGUUAAUUAGACAGAAACCUGCUUCAUUACCUCUAUUGAUAUUGCAAAAUCACCUCAAAUAACUUUUUUGCAUUAUGUGCUCAUGAUCGGAAGGUGGCAUGAAAUGUUACCACAUGAGCACCUGUCAGUGAUAAAGUGAUGGUUAAAAGUAGUUUUGUGCUCUACCAUAUUAAAAGCAAUCAUGAGAAUGGAUGGUUGAUAACCUUGUUAUGAAAAGAAAUGAUAGGUUUUUAUUAACUGGAAUUGAGAAAAUAUAUAGUAUCAGACAGAUGUGGAUGCAUAUUCAUUGUACUGUGUGCUUUGGAUCUGGAUGUAUAUGCAGUGUGCUGUUUAUGUAACCUGUGGUGUACUGCAUGCUCAUAAAUUGUUGUGUGUGCUACUUUAAAAUGGCAUUGUUUCUCUUAAUUUUUAUAAACAGUAAAAAUGUAUUUGCUCAUUUGGAUCUUUAUAUAUACAUAUAAUUAGGUAGGCCAAAAUUGAUUAAUAUCCAAACAUAUGUCAAGUUUGAGUUGAACCCGAUUGCUUUUUGAUUUGUUUUGAAUUAGAACCAACUUGAUUAUUCAAAUUGCUGCUGGGCACUGGUGGAGAGAAAAUAAUAUGAAAAAACUGUUCUUUUGCACACUUAUAUAAGAGCUAGUCCUGGCCAUACAAAGACUGUGGAUUUACAUUAAACUUUUUACCUUUGCACUAGA